AUGUCUCAUAAAAUAAAUAAAAAAAAGCAUCAUAAAGAUCGAGAAUAUAUUGAUCGUGCACCAAAAGCUAAACAUAAUGAUAACGAAGAAGAUGGAGAAGAUGAAGAAUUUCAUUCCGCUGACGAGGAUAAUGAUGAUGAUGAUGAUGGAGAGAAAAAACCACAAAUUCAUGUACCAUUAGCUAUGUGGGAUGUUAAUCAAUGUGAUCCUAAACGUUGUACUGGUCGUAAAUUAGUUCGACAUGGAUUUGUUAAACCAUUAAAAUUAGGCAAUCAUUUUGGUGGACUUAUUCUUUCACCAAUGGGUCAAAAAUGUGUUUCACCUGAAGAUAAACAAAUUGUUCUAGAAAGUGGUAUAGCUGUUGUUGAUUGUUCAUGGGCAAAACUUGAUGAAACACCAUUUUCUCGUAUGAAAGGCAAACAUCUAAGGUUAUUACCUUAUCUUGUUGCUACAAAUAAUGUCAAUUAUGGUAAACCUUGUCAAUUAUCUUGUGUUGAAGCAUUUGCUGCAACAUUAGCAAUUGUUGGUUUAAGAGAUUAUGGUGCGAUAUUACUUGAUAAAUUUAAAUGGGGACAUGCUUUUUAUACACUUAAUUCAUCACUUCUUGAUACUUAUGAAAAAUGUGAAUCGGCUCAAGCAAUAAUCGAAUGUGACAAACGUUUUCGAAGUGGAGAAGAAAGUUUUAUUGAAAGUUAUACACCUAAUCGUGAUAUGCCGCCAUCUGAGUCAUCCGAAGAAGAUGAUGAUGGUGGUGAAGAAGAAGAAAAGGAUUUAAAUAUUGAAAAUCUUUCAUUAAAAACAACAAAUGAAUAA